AUGAAGAGAAAGACAAUCGAUUGCUAUUAUAACCCGGUUGUUUCAAGGGUGAACUCCACUGAAAAUCCUAGUCCAAUCAUUGCCCAAGAUAUUGACCCAGUUGAUUUGCAAGCUGCUAAUGAAAAUGCGGCUACACUACCAUCACUAGAAGCUGAACAGGGGCAGGAAAUUGUAGCUACAGCAUUUGAGAGGGACCCAGGGAAACGGGCUCAAAUAUUUGAACUUCCUGCUGAUCAACAAGAUGAAGCUCGAAGAUUUUAUAUAUCUGAGGGUCCUUUUCGACCAAUCUUGCAAGAACAAGAGUAUCCUUUGAAUGAUGCUAAGCACCGUCGUCGAUUUCGCAGCAAUAAGCUUUUGGCAUCAUAUAAUAAGGAGGUUAAAGAAGUUGUGUUGGAAAAUGCUCCAAAAAAUGCAAAGUAUACCUCAUCUGAAGUCCAAAAGGAAAUUCUAAGCAUAGUUGCUCGAAAAGUGCAAAAAUCAAUUAGAGAAGAAAUUGGCACUAGCAAGUUUUGCAUAAUGGCUGAUGAAGCUCGAGAUGAAUCUAAGAAAGAGCAGAUGGCGAUAGUUCUACGGUUUGUCAACAAAGAAGGGCUUAUAAAAGAGUGUUUCCUUGAUCUUGUUCAUGUUAGUGACACUCAUGCGUUGACUCUUAAGAACUCAAUUUGUGCGGUCUUGUCUGGUAAUAACUUGAAUGUGCAAGAUAUUAGAAGUCAAGGUUAUGAUGGGGCAAGUAACAUGCGAGGGGAAUGGAAUGGAUUGAAGGCUCUAAUUCUCAAUGAGUGCCCAUAUGCAUACUACAUCCAUUGCUUGGCUCAUCAGCUCCAAUUGGCUCUUGUCGCAGCAUCAAGGGAAGUACAAGAGAUCACUGAUGUCCUAUGCCAAACACUCCAAAAGAAAGCUAUUGAUAUUUUAAAUGCAUUGGAUUCUGUUUCUAACACAAAAGCAUUGCUUGCUGAUUUGCGAAAUGAGGGUUGGGAACCUCUUGUCCAGGAGGUCAAAUCUUUUUGUGAGAAGCAUGAGAUUGAUAUUCCGAAUCUGAAUAACAAGUAUGUUGAUGUGACAAAAUCUCAAAACAAGAAUGACAACACUACAGCUUUUCACUAUUACAAAGUUGAUGUGUUUAAUGUUGCAAUUGAUCAACAAAUGAUUGAGCUAGAAGACCGAUUCGGUUCUCAAGCUACAGAUCUGUUAGCCCUGUGUGUUUGCUUGGAGUCAAGACUUGAGUCAUUUGACAUGGCAAAGGUAUGCACCCUUGUAGAGAAGUAUUAUCCUGCUGAUUUCUCAAGUCAAGAAAGAGCUCAAUUGGAGUGCCAACUACCACAUUUUCAACUUGAUGUCUGCAACCAUCCAGACUUGAGCAUAUUGCCAUCUCUUGCAGAAAUAACAAGUGGACUUCUUAAGACAGGGAAAAGUUGUUCCUAUCCAAUGGUGGAUAGAUUGUUAAGAUUAAUCUUGACUCUUCCAGUGUCAACUGCAACUACAGAGAGCUUUUUCAGCUAUGAAAAUUGUGAAGACACGUCUUCGAAAUAA